UUACUCGUUGCUAGUUGGGCCGGAGUUCCUAGGGUUUUAACUCCUCAUUCAAAAAUCAAAACCCAUAGAUAAUAAUUCGAUCUUCUUCAAUUAGGGACGUUUUCUUCUUCAAUUCCUCCUCCAAUAAUUUAGCUUAGCAACCCGCUCCACCAAUCUGUAUUCACAAUGCCCCAAAACGAGAGUAUUCGCUUCACUUCAUCUUCGCUCAAAAUUCCUUCCCUUCCUCUACGACAGCUGCAAACACAGCCACCACCUCCCUUCCCUUUCCUUUCUCAUAUCUUCACCUCUCAAUUAGCUAAAACAGCAAUCUCUUUCACUAAUUUCAUCGACUCGCUCAUAACUCGUUCUAGAUUACACAUACCUCGCCCCCCCGAUUCCAAAACUCGGAGGUCUAACUUGUUUGCCAACUCACCUCUUAUGUGUUUAGCUUCAUUAUCACUCAAUCGGUCGACAGAUUUAGCUCCUUCCGAGUCACAUAUAAAGUCGCCGAUUCUCUGUUCGGCUUCAUUGUCGGUGAGUCAACCUGCUGAAACGGCGUUGCCCAGCUCAGAAGCCUUGGUGACGCAGCAGAAAGGGGGUGGCGGUGGCGGUGCUGGUGCUCACUCAGCUAGUCGACACGAUGAGGAGAGAGUUUUGAUAAGUGAAGUGUUGGUGAGGAACAAGGACGGCGAGGAGCUCGAGAGGAAGGACCUGGAAGCAGAGGCUUUGGCUGCAUUGAAAGCGUGCCGGGCCAAUUCGGCUCUCACGGUACGCGAGGUUCAGGAGGAUGUACAUAGGAUUAUUGAUAGCGGAUAUUUUUGCUCGUGUAUGCCUGUCGCAGUAGAUACUCGCGAUGGUAUAAGAUUGGUGUUUCAGGUAGAACCAAACCAGGAGUUCCAUGGGCUGGUAUGUGAAGGAGCCAGUGUUCUUCCAACAAAGUUUCUGGAGGAUGCUUUCCGAGGUGGAUAUGGAAAAGUGGUAAAUAUCAGGCAUUUGGAUGAUGUGAUAACUUCCAUCAAUGGCUGGUACAUGGAGCGUGGUCUUUUUGGAUUGGUUUCAGGAGUUGAGAUCCUUUCUGGGGGUAUUAUAAGGUUGCAAGUUGCAGAAGCUGAGGUGAACAACAUUUCCAUACGCUUCCUUGACAGGAAAACUGGCGAGCCAACUAAGGGGAAAACAAAACCUGAAACAAUACUUAGACAACUUACAACUAAGAAGGGACAGGUCUACAGUAUGCUUCAAGGAAAAAGAGAUGUAGAUACUGUGUUAACCAUGGGGAUCAUGGAAGAUGUUAGCAUCAUACCCCAACCUGCUGGAGACACUGGUAAAGUUGAUUUGGUAAUGAAUGUUGUCGAACGUCCGAGUGGAGGUUUCUCUGCUGGUGGAGGAAUAUCUAGUGGGAUUACAAGUGGCCCUCUAUCAGGACUCAUCGGAAGCUUCACCUAUUCUCAUAGGAAUGUUUUUGGAAGAAAUCAGAAACUUAAUAUUUCCUUGGAGAGAGGCCAAAUUGACUCGAUAUUUCGCAUAAACUACACAGACCCAUGGAUUCAAGGUGAUGACAAGCGAACAUCUAGAACUAUUAUGGUUCAGAAUUCGAGAACCCCAGGGAAUCUUGUCCAUGGUAACCAACCUGGUAAUAGUAGUCUUACCAUUGGCCGUGUAACUGCUGGUGUAGAAUUCAGUCGACCACUCAGGCCAAAGUGGAGUGGAACAGCUGGACUUAUUUUUCAGCAUGCUGGUGCUCGUGAUGAAAAAGGAAAUCCAAUCAUUAAGGACCACUAUAGCAGCCCUCUUACUGCAAGUGGCAAGACUCAUGAUGAUAUGCUGCUAGCUAAAUUUGAAAGUGUCUAUACUGGUUCUGGUGACCAUGGUUCUUCAAUGUUUGUAUUGAAUGUAGAACAAGGACUUCCUCUUUGGCCUGAAUGGCUGUUUUUUAACAGAGUAAAUGCACGUGCUAGAAAGGGCAUGGAAAUUGGUCCUGCUCUAUUUCUUCUAAGUUUGUCUGGUGGCCAUGUGGUGGGUAAUUUCUCUCCUCAUGAAGCAUUUGCCAUAGGCGGAACAAACAGUGUGAGAGGAUACGAAGAAGGUGCUGUAGGUUCUGGUCGAUCUUAUGUAGUUGGCUCUGGUGAAAUUUCUUUCCCUGUGUUGGGGCCAGUGGAGGGGGUUUUGUUUACUGACUAUGGAACUGAUCUGGGAUCUGGACCCACUGUGCCUGGUGAUCCUGCUGGGGCAAGGCUGAAGCCUGGAAGUGGAUACGGAUAUGGCUUUGGCAUCCGAGUGGACUCCCCUUUAGGCCCUUUGCGUCUCGAAUAUGCAUUUAAUGACAGGCAUGCAAAGAGGUUUCACUUUGGUGUUGGUCACCGAAAUUAAGGCCCUAUUGCAUCCCCUUAUUUUUAGUUGGGUAUAGUCCCCCCCCUUUUGUUCAAUUAACUGUAGUGGUUGUGUUGUCAAGAUCUGUGUUGCCAGUAAAAUGCUUUUGUUUUAUGUGGUAAUUGUAUUGGUGCCGGCCUUUAAGGCCUGUUGGUUUUUGAAUUUAUGAAGAUGCAUUUACUUUCUCAA